GAAUCCGAUAGAUCCUUUCGCUCACAUCUCUUUUCCCCCACCUCUCCAUUUAGCUUCAGUUACCUUUUAAAAUUAUUAAUUUCAUGACUUUCUUACGUUAUUCCUUCCCUUUAUCUUGGAAUUAUAGUAUCUUGGACAUAAAUCUAUGAAUGAGUGACGGCUGUUACGCUCACAAUGAAACCGUGGUGAGUCAGCCCGCAGCUAGACAGCAUGACUACGAUACGGCAUCUUGUCUAGACUCUAGAGUAGACGAGUAACUAUCGUCGGGUUCCUCUCGUCUGUUUCGCAAAUCAGUCUCCAGGUCUGCCAUUUAUCGACACAAUUAGCAUUUGCCGUUUGCGGCAUACUUGAAGUACUUCUACUUUAACUGCAAACAGUUGUUUCCUGUUUGGAUACUGCAACGUGGAACAUCUUUGCCAGGCGGCAGGAAUUUCGGUGUGUUGAACGAUGAAUGAUUUUAUCGAGUUGGCAAGUGGCCAGCUGCCGGCCAUUGGCAUUGGUGCUGCAGCCAUUGCGGCCACCGCUGGUGUUGCAUAUUAUGUGAAACACCGGUCUCCGCCUAUAGAAACCAUUGUUCCUUUGGAAGAGCAGUCUCUUCCGGUUGGGAAGGACCGUUACUGCCGGGCAUCUAAACUGGUCCCCGAAGGCACGUUUUUGGAAUACUUUUACGAGGAUGUGCGGACUGUGUACGAUGUAUUCCAACGUGGAAUGCGGGUGUCCGACGAUGGUCCAUGCUUGGGUCGGCGUCCACCGGGAACGCACACUUACGAAUGGAUCUCCUACUCAGAAACAAUCAAACGGGCCCAGUUACUCGGAUCUGCCCUGAUACAUUUUGGCGUUAAACCGACGAACGAUACAUGUGUUGGAAUUUUCGCUAAAAAUCGCCCAGAGUGGAUAAUUACGGAGCUGGCGUGUUACACAUAUUCGAUGGUGUUGGUGCCGGUUUAUGACACAUUGGGUGUGGAUGCGUGUGGACAUAUCAUUUCGCAAGCGGAAAUCUCGGUGAUGGUGUGCGAUAAGAAUGAGCAGGCGCUGACAUUGUUGAAAUUGAAGGAGAAAGCGCCAGUUUUACGGCGAAUAAUUAUCAUGGAUCCACCUUCAGAGGAAGUUAUGGCACAAAGUCGAAAAGCGAACGUGCAAGUUCUCCUGCUUGAAGAGGUUCUAAAAAUCGGACAAGAUAACCUCAUUCCCCCAAAGCCUGCAAAGCCAGAAGAAAUCGCCACAAUCUGUUAUACCAGCGGCACCACCGGCACACCGAAAGGCGUCAUGCUGACCCAUUACAAUGUUAUGGCUGCGGUGUGCGCCACGAUGAAACAGAUUUCCCUGAAAGUCGGUCCACAGCUCGGUGAUUCCAUGUGUUCCUUUCUUCCUCUUAGUCAUAUGUUGGAGCGGUGUUGUGAGACGGCCAUAUACAUGGAAGGCGGAAGGGUUGGCUUCUACAGCGGGGAUAUUCGGAAAAUCAACGAGGAUAUGCAGGCGCUGAAGCCCACGUGUGUUGUAGUAGUUCCGCGGUUGUUAAACCGUAUAUUUAGUGCCGUUACCGGAAAGGUUAAAGGCUCUUGGACAAAGCACGCUUUGCUUACCAUGGGAGUGUGGUUCAAAGAAUGGGAUCUGCAAAAUCACAUCAUCAGCCGUGACACUGUCUGGGAUCAGUUAAUGUUCAAGAAAGUGCAGGAACAAUUAGGAGGAAAUUUGCGGUUUAUGGUUGUCGGAAGUGCCCCGCUAUCACAGAAGGUUUUACGAUUUUGUCGUGUGGCCUUCGGCUGUUCCAUUAUGGAAGGGUACGGUCAAACGGAAGCCGUCUGUCCCAUUACGCUUACCAUACACGGUGACGUGUUUCCAGAGAUUACGGAAGGCGGCGCUGGUCAUGUGGGGCCACCUGUGCCCUGUUGUAUGGUUAAGCUGGUCGACGUUCCGGAAAUGAACCUGAUCGUUAAUCGGGAUGGGUCGGGCGAGAUCUGUGUAAAAGGAGCGACCGUCUUUCAAGGCUAUUACAAGGAACCGGGGAAAACCGCGGAAGUUUUGGAUGCCGAUGGCUGGCUCCAUACCGGUGAUAUCGGACUGUGGACAGAAAACGGCUGUCUGCGCGUAAUUGACCGUAAGAAACACAUCUUCAAGCUGUCUCAAGGAGAGUACAUUGCACCGGAAAAAAUCGAGUCGGUGUACCAGAAAAACCAGUACGUUGGACAAGUUUUCGUCCAUGGAGACAGUCUUAAAUCUUGCUUAGUGGGAAUUGUUGUUCCCGAUGAAGAUGCCUUGAAACGAUGGGCAGCCGCUGAAGGGAUGAAAGGCGAUUCUUUUAAGGAUUUAUGCCAGAGUUCCAAAGCGAAGAAUAUGAUUCUCAAAGAACUGACGGCAGAAGGCAAAGCCGCUUCACUCCACUCAUUUGAACAGGUAAAAGAUAUUCUUCUCCUUCCGGAACCGUUCAGUGUGGAGAAUGAUAUGUUAACUCCGACGCUGAAGACGAAACGAAAUGAGAUUAGGAAAUCCUUCGCACAAAAACUGUCCGAGAUGUAUACAAAUUUGGAUUAGUGUAAUUGUUAUUCGUCAGUGGACAUUUUAGAGGAUUCUCAUCGCUAGUCGCUUUUGCGUUCCUAAUUUUAGUGUGAUCGUAAUGCGGAUGUCGUCUGCACAGGCUGUAUUACCGGUAAUAUUCUGCGUUAAUAAGCUAAACUGUUGUUGUUAAUUUAUUAAGUUCCCGUUUGCUAGUUUAGUUUGAAAGGGUUUAAUUAUUGUGAUCACGGUUAACGUUAAUUAAUAACCAGUUAAUAUCCAUGCAAGUGCUGCUACAAGGAUGAAAAUUAAUGCAUUAAAACGAGGAUGCA